AUGACUUCCAAUAGCCCUAUUGCCAUCAUUGGCAUGAGUUGUCGGUUCGCCGGCGAUGUCGACAGCCCGGAGAAGCUGUGGACGCUCUUGGCUGAGGGCCGGAGCGCAUGGUCCCAGAUACCCAAGGACAGAUUCAACAUUGACGGCUUCUACCACCCAAACUUCGAGAAACUGAACGGGACAAACGUCGUUGGGGGCCAUUUCCUAACAGAAGACAUCGGCUUGUUCGACGCCCACUUUUUCAACCUGUCAGCCGAGACCGCAGCAGCUCUCGACCCCCAGUUCAGGCUUCAGUUAGAGACGACCUACGAGGCGCUGGAGAGCGCCGGUAUAACAUUACAGGAUGUGGCGGGCUCCAACACGUCGGUAUUCGCGGGCUCCUUCUUCCGCGAUUACCACGAAGGCCUCAUCCGCGACCCCGACUCGCUGCCCAGGUUCCUCCUCAUGGGGACCGGAGCGGCCAUGGCAUCGAACCGUCUAUCCCACUUCUUCGAUCUGCGCGGGCCCAGCAUGUCGGUCGACACCGGCUGCUCCACGACCCUCACAGCCCUCCAUCAGGGCUGCCAGAGCUUACGCGCAGGGGAGUCGGAUAUGGCGAUUGUGGGCGGCGCCAAUCUCAUGUUCAACCCAGACAUGUUCCUGGCCAUGUCUUCGAUGACACUCAUUUCCAAAGACGGCAAGUCGUAUGCGUUUGACAGCCGCGCCAACGGGUACGGCCGCGGCGAAGGAUCUGCUACGGUGAUCUUAAAGAGGCUCGACGACGCGCUGCGUGACGGCAACCCGAUACGAGCGGUGAUCAGGGAAAGCGGGAUCAACCAGGACGGCAAGACGGAAACCAUUACCACACCCAGCGGAGAAGCACAGGAGGCUUUGAUCCGCGACUGCUACCGGCGAGCCGGCCUCGACCCGGCGCAGACGGCCUACUUCGAGGCGCAUGGCACGGGAACGCCGACAGGAGACCCCAUUGAAGUCGCGGCCAUCGCCUCGGUGUUCAAAGACACCAGGCCGGGCGGCGAGCCCCUCCGAAUCGGCUCGGUGAAGACGAACAUCGGCCACACCGAGACCGCGAGCGGUGUUGCGGCAAUCAUCAAGGUCGCGCUGGCGUUAGAGAAGGGCCAGAUCCCGCCGAGCAUCAACUUUGAGAAGCCAAACGAAAAGUUGCGUCUCGACGAGUGGAACCUCAAGGUUCGUUCAGCGGGAGACUUCCUGUCGAACAAAAAGGUGUGCCGCACUGAGACCCAGGGCAUCAGGCGCGCAUCCAUCAACAACUUCGGGUACGGCGGGUCCAAUGCCCAUGUGAUCAUGGAAGAAUACGGCUCGUUUGUCGCUUCUUCCUCUUCCAACUUGCUCCAACACCACGCAACCAGCCACGGAAACGGCCAUGGCGCCGCCAACGGCCACGCGAAUGGCGCCAACGGGCACUCCAACGGUCACUCCAACGGUCACAGCGAUGCAUCUUCUGCGGGCCGCUCCCGCGUAUUCGUGGUCAGCGCUAAGGACGAGAGGGCCACGCAAGCCAUGGCCGACAAUCUCAGAGAACACCUCCGGACCGUCCAAGUCGGCGACGAGAACAAGUUCCUGGACAACCUGGCUUACACGCUCGGCCACCGUCGAACACAGUUUCCCUGGGUCUCGUCGUUUGCUGGCAGCAGCAUCACAGACCUCAUCAAAACCCUCGAGUCCGGCAAGGCGACCAGGCCCGCCAAACGAGGCGCUCUUCCGAGGUUGGGCUUCGUGUACACUGGCCAGGGUGCGCAGUGGUGGGCCAUGGGACGGGAGCUCAUCGACGCGUACCCGGUUUUCAAGGCCGCUCUGAUGGACUGCAACAGCCAUCUGCAGAGCCUUGGAGCACAGUGGAAUGUGAUAGAGGAGCUCAGCCGCGACCAGGAAACCUCGAGGGUGAACCAGCUCGAUUACAGCACGCCAGUCUGUGUUGCGGUGCAGAUUGCACUGACAGAGCUGCUACGAGCUUGGGGGAUCAACCCGACGGCAGUGACAAGCCACUCCAGCGGAGAGAUUGCCGCGGCCUACGCUGCCGGAGCCCUCGACCUCGCCUCGGCCAUGGCCAUCGCAUACGCACGCGGCGGGCUGGCCUCGGAGUCAAAUCGCCAGUUUGCCCGGAAAGGCGGCAUGAUGGCCGUCGGCCUCGGCGCCAAAGACGGCCACAAAUAUUUGUCGCAGGUCUCCAACGGGAAGGUGGUGCUGGCCUGUGAGAACAGUCCCAGCAGCAUUACCAUUUCCGGCGACGUCUGCGGCAUUGACGAGCUCGAGAGCAUCCUCAAGCAAGACAAUGUCUUCGCCCGGCGUCUCAGAGUUGACGCGGCUUGGCAUUCGCAUCACAUGGAGGCGGUGGCGGAUGCCUACUACGCCUCGAUGGAUGGCAAGGUCCGGCCCGCCCAGGACCGGCUCGACAUCGUGUUCUCGUCCCCUGCGACCGGGACCCGGCUGGACGACGUCCAGGAGAUUGGAAGCCCCGCCCAUUGGGUGAAGAGUCUGACCGGACCUGUGCGUUUCGUCGAGGCGUUCUGCAGCAUGUGCUUUGAGGCCCCCGGCAGCAAGCCCGCUGUCGACAUGGUCAUCGAGGUCGGGCCUCACGCAGCGCUCUCGGGGCCGAUCCAUGAUAUCAUGGGCAUGGCCGACUUCAGCGACGUCAACAUCCCGUACGGAAGCUGUUUGGUCAGAAAGCAGAACGCUGUGGACACAAUGCACGCACUGGUCAGCAACCUCCUGCAGAGAGGCUACCCUGUCAAUCUCGCCGCUGUCAAUUUCCCCUAUGGCAUGCACGGGCUGAAGGUCUUGCACGACCUACCACGCUACCCGUGGAACCACCAGGCAAGACAUUGGAACGAACCGAGGACGAACAGAGCCCUUAGGAACCGCCAGGAGGCUCCUCAUGACUUGCUUGGCUCGCUCGUCCUUGGCACCAACAUGAGCGCGCCUGCGUGGAGGCAUUUUAUCCGCAUCAACGACGUUCCUUGGGUUAGGGAUCAUGUUGUACAGAACAACAUCAUCUAUCCUGCGGCGGGCUACCUGUCCAUGGCGAUCGAGGGAGCGUACUAUCUCGCCUUCCGGCAGCUCGGAAGCAGGAAGAUCCAUGGAUAUCGGAUGCGGGAUGUCGACGUACUCAACGCCCUAGUGGUUCCGGAAACAAGCGAGGGCAUCGAACUGCAGCUCUCGCUGAGACCAUGCGGUGACCGGGCGCUCGACACCAAGGACUGGUCCGAGUUCCUGGUUCAGUCGGUCACCUCGGACAACAAAUGGACCGACCAUUGCAAAGGUCUGAUUCUGGUCGAAUACGAUGCCCAGGAGGCGCAAGGGGCCGGCAGGACCGACGUACGUCUGCCCGGACACAACAAACUCGGCCAACCAGUGGACGAUUCGGCAUACCGAGUCCACAUCAGUCCUCGGGACAUCUACGCCAGCCUGAGAUCUGGUGGUAUCUGCCAUGGGCCCAUCUUCCAAAACCUCAAGAGCAUUCGUGCCCGCAGCAAGCAGUCGGUCACGUCCUUCUGUAUCGCCGAUUCCGAGUCGGCCAUGCCGAAGCGGCACCAGCAUCCGCAUAUUGUGCAUCCUACUACACUGGACUCGGUGUUCCAGGCAGCUUACACGGCGGUGCCCGGAGCCGGGAGUACUCUUGGCACACCCAAAGUCCCCAGAUCUAUCCGCAAGCUGUGGGUCGCUCACGGCAUCGCGGCCGUGGCUGGGCACCCCUUCAAGGCCUACACAGACCUGAGCCACGUCGACUCGCAGACCAUGACCGCUUCCAUCACCGUCGCCGACGCCGCCGCCGACAAUGCAGACGCCAUUCGGUCACCCGUCAUCACGGCAGACGGGUUUGUGUACCAGUCAAUUGGCGACGUUCCUCGUCAACAAGCGCCUGCCUGGGAACAGGACAAAUUUGCCGCGGUGAAAUGGGCGCCCGACAUUACGUUCCUCAAGGACUCGCAUCUCAAGAAGAGGUUGGGCAGCGAGAUAUCUGGCAAGGAAGCCGAGCAGCUGAUGGAUCUCCGUCGGGCGUGUUUCUUCUACAUAUGCCACGCCUUGGACGAGCUCACGGCGUCCGACGUGCAACGCAUGGAGUGGCACCAGAAGAAGUUCUACAUUUGGAUGAAACUUCAGGUCGAGCUCGCGCGGACAGGCGAGCUUGCUCCGGGGAGCAGCGACUGGGCCAAGACCACGGCCAAAGAACGAGCAAAGCUCCUGGAGAAGGUCCGAACGGGGAGCACCAACGGCGAGCUCGUGUGCAAGCUCGGCUCGCACAUCGUGGCCAUCCUCCGCAACGAGGUGACGGCGCUCGAGCUGAUGCUCGAGGACGGCCUGCUGACGCGGUACUACCUGGACGGGCUGAAAUGGGCGCGCGCCAACGCGAAGCUGGGCGAGCUGGUCGCGCUGUACGCGCACAAGCACCCGCGCGCCAGGAUGCUCGAGAUCGGCGGCGGCACGGGCGGCGCGACGACGCAGAUCCUGGCCGCGCUGGCGCGGAGCGGCGGGCCCUCGUCGCCGCGGGACCUCCUCGCCUCGUACGACUUCACCGACGUGUCGUCGGGCUUCUUCGAGGCCGCCAGGGAGAAGUUCCGCGACUGGGCGCCGCUGAUGCGCUUCAGGAAGCUCGACAUCGAGCAGGAGCCUGCAGGCCAGGGGUUUGAGGAGGGCAGCUAUGAUCUGGUCAUCGCCUGCCAGGUGCUCCAUGCUACGCGGUCGAUGCAGAGGACGAUGGCGAACGUGAGGAAGUUGCUCAAGCCCGGCGGCAAGCUGUUCAUUAUGGAGACCACCAAGGAUCAGAUGGAUAUCCAAUUUGUGUUUGGCUUCCUCCAGGGAUGGUGGCUCAGCGAGGAGGAAGACCGCAAACUCAGCCCGUCGCUGACGGUGCCCUUGUGGGACCGCGUGCUGCGCCAGACCGGGUUCCGAGGCGUCGAGGCCGAAGUGCGCGACUGCGACGACGAGGAGCUGUACUCGUUCAGCGUCAUGUCGUCGACCGCUGCGUGCAACCCCCCCAAGUUCGACUUCGACAUCGCCUUGGUCACGGCCGCAGCGUCGACGCCGCAACCCUGGCUUGACCAGCUGAGGCUCUCCAUCGGCUUGCUGACCUGGACGGUGCCCACGGUCCAUCCUCUCGAGUACGCGCCGGUCGACGAGAACAAAGUCUGCGUCCUCGUGGACGACCCGGAGCAUCCGGUGCUAGCGAAUGCGGAUGCAGCGCGGUUCGAGGCGCUCAAGGCCGUUUGCACCAAGGCCAAAGGUGUGCUCUGGGUGACCCGGGGCGGUGCCGACGCCUGCGUGAAUCCCCUCGCUAGCCUCGCUUCUGGGUUCCUCCGGUCUCUCAGACAAGAGUACGCCGGAAAGCCCCUGGGCACGCUGGACCUCGACCCGUCCCAGCCGCUGUGGUCUGCCGAGUCGGUGCAGUCCAUCACGGAGGUGUUCAAGGCGUUCUUCGAUCACUCUGCGGCGGAGGCGGCGGGCGACUACGAGUUUGCGGAGAGAGACGGAGUCAUCCAGGUGCCGAGAUACGUAAAGGACGCCGACCGGAAUAAGGCCGUGUUCGGCCAGGCCGACGAGUCGCCCGCGCCGCGACUCGAGCCGUUCCUGCAGUCCGACCGUCCACUUCGUCUCGGUAUCGGCAGCCCGGGCCUGCUUGACACGCUGGUCUUUGAUGACGACCCGAGCGCGGCGGAAGCCCUGCCGGAAGACUUUGUCGAGGUGGAGCCAAGGGCGUUUGGUGUCAACUUCCGCGAUGUGAUGGUUGCUAUGGGACAACUGAAGUCGCGGGUGAUGGGUUACGACUGUGCCGGCGUGGUCAGGCGAGUCGGCGCGGGCGCUGCGGCGAAGGGCUACAGGCCAGGCGACCGUGUGGCGGUCUUGCUGAGAGGCCAUUAUGGCAGCCGGACCAGGGUGCAUUGGACCAGUGCGGUGCAUAUCCCGAGCGACAUGACCUUUGAGACUGCCGCGUCCCUGCCGACGCAGUACGUCACCGCUUACCUCUCGCUGUACGACAUCGCCCGUCUGCAGCCAGGGGAGACGGUUCUCAUUCACUCGGCAACCGGCGGCGUGGGCCAAGCAGCCGUCAUGCUUGCGCAGCGCGUCGGCGCAGAAGUGUUUAUCACGGUUGGCUCCGACGAGAAGCGCAAGUUUGCCGCGGAGCGUUACGGCAUUCCACUCGACCACAUCUUCUCCAGCCGUGAUAUGUCCUUCGCGGCCGGCAUCAGGGAGGCGACGCAGGGCAAGGGAGUGGACGUGGUGCUCAACUCGCUGGCUGGCGCGCUCCUUCAGGAGAGCUUCGACUGUCUGGCGCCGUUUGGGCGCUUCGUAGAGCUGGGCAAGCGCGACUUCGAGCUGAACAACAGCCUCGCAAUGGAAGCCUUCACCAGGGCCGUCUCGUUCUCGAGCGUUGACGUGGUGGCGCUCGGCGAGCGGAGACCGAUGCAGGCGAACCGGAUACUCAAGGACGUCGUCCGCCUCGUCGCGGCGAAGGAGAUCCACGCGGUGCAUCCCAUCACGGUGUAUCCGCUCUCCGACGUCGAGAAGGCUUUCCGGCUGAUGCAAGCGGGCAAGCACCUGGGGAAGAUUGUGCUGUCUGUCACCCCUGAUACGCUGGUUCCGGUUGUUCCCCGGACGGCCGCCGUCAGGCUUCGUCCCGAUGCGUCGUACCUGGUCGUAGGCGGGUUUGGCGGCAUCGGGCAGUCGAUCUGCCACUGGUUGGCCGAACACGGCGCACGCCAUCUGGUCGUCGUCUCGAGAAGCGCAGGAACGGGAGGCAGGGUUGAGAGCCUGCGGGAGGAGCUUGCUACGACCGGCCACAAUGUGGACGUCACAGCGAUCGGCUGCGACAUUUCCAACAAGGCCGAGCUGACCAAGGCUCUGGACGAGCAUGCCCGGGCCCGGAGGCCACCCAUCAAGGGGAUCAUUCACGGCGGCAUGGAACUCAGGGACUCGGUGCUCGAACACAUGGCGCUCGACGACCACAAAGCCGCGCUGGCGCCCAAGGUCCAGGGGAGCUGGAACCUGCACGAGUACUUCGCCUCGCCGGACGACCUCGACUUCUACAUCAUGCUCUCCUCGCUCAUCGGCGUGGUCGGCUUCGCCAGCCAGACCAACUACUCGGCGGGUGGGGCCUUCCAAGACGCGCUGGCGCGGCACCGCGUCGAGCGCGGCCUGCCGGGCGUCUCGCUCGACCUCGGCACCGUCAAGUCCGUGGGAUACCUGGCCCAGGACGAGGCGGGCAGCAAGACGAUCGACGCGCUCCAGCGGCAUGGUCUCACGGCGCUCAGCGAAGACGACGUGCUCGCGGCCCUCGGCUCGGCCAUCCGCACGCCGUACGCCGGCGCGCUCGCCCUCGGCCUCAACGCCGGCCCCGCCGGCCACGCCGACGGCUCCGCCCUCGCCCGCGACCGGCGCUUCGCCUGCCUGGCCUACCAGCAGCACAGCCAAGCACGGAACGAAACCGACAACGCAACGGCGGCCGCAAGCGGGCGGUCAUCCCCCAACGAGCUGGCGGCGCGGCUCGCGGCAGCGACCACGCUGGAGGAGGCGACGGCGUGCGUGGUGGAGGGGCUCGCGCGCAAGCUGGCGGACAUGUUCAUGCUGCCGCCCGAGGCGGCGGGCCAGGACGACGGGGACCCAACGGCGGCGGUGGCGGCGGUGGCGUCGCGGUCGCUGGCCGACUUCGGCGUCGACUCGCUCGUCGCGGUCGAGCUGCGCAACAUGCUCGCGCUCAAGGCGGGCGCCGAGCUGUCGAUCUUCGAGAUCAUGCAGAGCCCGAGCGUGGAGGCGCUCGCGCGCGCCGUGGCGGUGAGGAGCCGGUUCGUCGAUCAUCCGGCUUAG